AUGCACCAAAGGAAGAUCCAAUCGGAAAGGGUUGGCUGCGUGAAGGAGUUACUGGUGGCGACGAGGAGAGAUAUUUGCUCGAUGGACAUCAGGCUCGUAGCUGCGAUCUGUAGCAUUCUCAUUGGCAUUGCCCAUCCCUUGUGCACAGAGCUGGCGAAAUCAGCCGAGAUCCACAUAUGUACCAGCACUGGUUGCGAAUGGACGGCCAAGCGCGCCAUGCCCUUCAAAGUGAUCGAGCUCACCAUGACCUCACAAACGGUGGCCGUUGUCCUGGCGGCCUUCACGGUGGUGCGCACUCGCAGCUCCAUUCAGGUCUCCGUCCAAGAGCUCCUGGAUUGGAGGUCUUUCAGGUGCGCGCUGCCGAUCGGGUGCCUUUACGGUCUCGGUGACCUUCUCCAGACUAUCGCCUGCAACAUGGCCUCUGCACCCGUUGUCCUCAUCGUCGGCCAAAGUAAGCUCUUCCUGACAGCGCUGUUGUCCAAGUUUUUCCUGGAGAGCGCUCCGCACACGAGCUGGCACAAAUGGUUGCGGCUUUUGACCAUUUCCUUGGCUGCUGUGGCCGCCGUCGAUACAUCUGGAGGGCCCAUCGCCGAGAUGAGCGAGACCAUGAGUGGUGCUGGCUUGGCGCUGUUGAAGGCUGCGCUCAGUUCUACAGGAGCCAUCGUGUCGGAGAAUCUGUACAAGAGCCGCACUGCCGAUUUCUGGGUAGUUUCUUUCCAUGUGCAAUCUGCGAUGUUGAUGACCAGCUUGAGCCUCUUGCUUCUUGGCUAUGGUGGCCCUUCACCCAAGCCGCUUUGUCCGUGCACCCCCGAGGCUGGAGAGAGCACUUGUCUUUGCGCCACACGAUCUGGCAAGGACCUCUGGACGUGGAUUGCAGUGCUGGCGAUCGUCCUCAACGGCUAUGCCACAGGCUUCUUCCUCAAGCACCUUUCUGCCGUCUGCAAGGCUGUUUGCAACCUUGCGAGCUCGGGGGUGUGCUGCCUUGCAUGCUGGAUCUGCCAGCUGAGCAGCUGCACGGUGACACAGGCCGUCGUCAGUGGCAUUGUUCUGCUCCAGUCUUUCGACUAUGCUUUGGAGAAGGCCGAGGAGGGAAAAACCGAAGCCAGGUUGCCACUUCCCACGCCAUGCCGAUCGCAGAAGGAAUCCGCGAGCAACAACAGCGAGUGGUUGACUCAAUAUGGCGCUAUGGGCGCCAAGCCUGGGACAGUGAAGCAGGAAAUUGAGUGCUGGCCACAGUGA